GUCGCUAGGUGGCUAGUUGCUGGACGGAUUGCAGGAUGGGCGGACGGAUAAAUGAUGUGUUUAUGUAUAAUGACUAAAACUAAAUAUAUUUCUUCAUACGUACCUGCUAGAAUGCAAAAGAACUCAAGCUCUGGUAGAGCUAAUCGUAAAUUCCCCGUCAACUUUGUAACUUCACUUAAUACAGCAAUAUAUGCAGGCAGCCGUUUCGUCGCCAUCCUCUGUAAAUUUCUAGUCAAAUUAAAAUCCAAACGAUUUCCUGAACGUAUAAAUUCGUUAACGUUAUCUCACUCUCUUAUAUAAACGUUGACCACAUCAAAGUAAGCGAAGAGUCUGAUAUUUAUUUAAUCUGCACCUCCUUUCACGGCGCAAAAAUCUUGCGCUUCCUUCAUUUGGCGUGAUGUUGGCUCAACCUUCAACAUGCGUUAACUCCCGCGCAUUGCAUGUUGGUGCCCAAUUGUAUGGAUCCGCCAUAAUGUCUACGAAAACGAGCUGUACAUUCAUGUUUGUAACAGUUAUUUUUAUUAUUGUGACUGAGUGCGAGUGAACUAUUACAAUGGGAACGAAGUAAGGAUAUCGGAAAUUUAUUUAGUGCAGGGUAUUUACCCUUCAGAACCCUGCAAAGGAACGGUACAGUGUUUUAUCUUGGUAGUGAAUGUGUAUAGCCUGUCAACAAAAAUGAGCAAGCUCUCGUUUCGGCCUCGGGCGCUGGACGCCUCAAAGCCUAUGCCUAUUUACAUGGCUGAAGAACUUCCAGAUUUGCCAGAUUAUUCGGCAAUUAAUAGAGCAGUGCCUCAAAUUCCAAGUGGGAUGGAAAAAGAGGAGGAAUGUGAACACCAUCUUCAGCGGGCUAUCGUCACUGGACUUAUCAUCCCCACGCCUGAAGUUUCAGAAAUCCCAGAUGAAAUCUACAACAGGUUAUAUCCGCAGGACUACAAGAUGCCUCGCCAGUUCAUACACAUGCAGCCAUUUGCUAUGGAACAGGAUAUUCCGGAUUAUGACAUGGAUUCCGAGGAUGAAAGCUGGGUGAACGCGCAAGCGAAAAAGUUUGAUCUGACACCUCGCAAGUUCGAGGAGAUGAUGGACCGGCUGGAGAAGGGCAGCGGCCAGACCGUGCUGAAGCUCCAGGAGGCCAAGGCACUCCUCAAGGAGGACGACGACCUCAUCAGAGCCGUCUACGACUACUGGCUCGACAAGAGGCUGAAGACACAACAUCCACUGAUUCCUACUGUGAAAACAGAACACAGAAUUGGCCUGGCCAUAAACAGUCCGUACCUGGCUUUCCGGAGACGCACAGAGAAAAUGCAGACCCGGAAAGUAAGAAAAAACGACGAAACAUCCUACGAGAAGAUGCUGAAACUGAAGCGUGAUCUGGGCAGAGCUGUGACGUUGCUGGAGCUGGUGAAGCGGCGGGAGAAAACGAAACGCGAGCUGCUGCACCUCUCCAUUGAAAUUUUUGAGAAGAGGUACCAAGCCGGGGACUUCAGUGGUCAGCUCUUGGCUGAGCUUUCUGCGCUGAAGGCUCCUCGUCCAGCGUUUGCUCCCAUAUUUACCAACCAGAACUGGGUCAACAAAGUUUCUAGCAAGGAUGAAGUCGUUCCUAGGAAGAGGUCGUACAAGAAGCGCAAGCACAAAUCAAACGCCGGCGUGGGACGGUCAUGCGCCGGCUCGGACCUGCUGGGGGGCGACCUCGUCAGCACCGACGAGGAGCCCGACCCCUUGCUGGGGUCGGCGCCAGCCCCGGAGGAGGAGGAGGCGGCUGACCCCGCCGACGGCCCCUUCGGGUUCCGCCGGAACAAGUUCUGCAACUACCACGCGCCUCUGCCGAACGGCCUCGGGAACUGGCCGUGGGCAGGCCGGGAGGAAGGCGGGCUGCCAGAUACCAGGUACCGCUACUGCCUCACGUCCCUCUCCGUCCCGCAGAAAAGGUGCAUUGGCUUCGCCCGGAGGAGGGUCGGGCGAGGUGGAAGAGUUAUCUUGGAUCGAGCAUCUACAUCCAUAGAUGACAUACUUGCAUCCCAUGGAUACUCAGUUCUGGAUUCAGCGUCUAGCACACCAAACAGUGUGUUACCCCCUGAAACUAGAGAUUGGCUCCACUUCCGACCGCGGACACCUUCGACACCUGGAAGCAGCGAGAAGGAGGAUGUGGAGGCGGACAUGUUCAACACUAGUCGAGAAGUCCAGGCCCUGGAUGACGUCACCCUCAGCGUGGGUCUGGAACCUCUGGCCGCCAAUGUCUUCAACUUGUCGGACGGCUCGCUGAGCAGUCAGCUCUGCUUGAACCUCCUGCCGCCGGUCCCCGAGGCGGGCGUCGCACCGGAAACGAGGCAGCUCUGCCGCUCCGAGUGGUCUUCGUACGACCAGGAAGAUGGCGAGCUGUGGACGGACGAUGUUUUCACGAUCGGGUGUUCGAGGUUCACCGUGCGACAGAGUUCCGCGACCUGCGAAAGUAUUUUUCCGUUUGCUCCCUUCUCGUCCGAAAUUUCCCUGUCUGUGAUGGAAACUCGAACGAGCGCGACGGUGGUGCAGCAUUCCGACGGUCACGCGUCCGCGAGUCAGCUCAGGCUGCAGCAGCCUAGCAUUUCGUCGCCGACGACAUCGAAUUCUCGCGCUGGUUCCCACCCGGUUCCUCAGACUUCUACGGCAAACAGCGGCUUCCCUCCUUCGUUGUCCACUGCUUUCGAGAACAACAGUGUUUCUUUGGCACCCUCGGCAAGCAGUUCUGUGCGCUUUCCCUUGACCGCGAGCUGCAGCGUUGCUGCUGCUGUGGCGUCGACGGUGAACGUCAGUACAUUCAAUAACGGUGGUGUGGUUGUGAAGCAGGAGCCCAUAAACACUGAGUACAAUGAUGUGAGGGACACGUCACUUGUGGGUGCCACUUCCAUUGACCAACACACUCUCAGCAAUGGACCACUUUCUGCUGGAGAACAUCCGAACAGCAGUUGGACGAGGCCUGGCUCGAACUACCUGUCGCCGUACCACUCCACGUCGCCUCUGCAGGGUGCCGGUGCUCCGUCCACUCUCCCGCCUCCCGCGUCUACGCUUUCGAUGGGCUUCCAUCACCGCACCCCCGCGUCCUCGCCGCACCGGCAGUACACGCUCGUGGAUGUCGCCAACAUCAAAAAAGAACCCAACCCUACUGAAGAUACGCUUAAUAGUGGUGGCAUGAGUGUUGCUGGCAACAACAGUGAAAAAGUAAGUAGUGAUGACAAGCAGUUGGUCAGGAAGAACAGUUCAGUUCCAAUGGAGGUUACGUGAUGAAUGGGGUGAACUCAGUCUUGUGGGGAUGGAGUAGGAAUUGUUCACCCUUGUUUUUAUUCCCCUCCUGCCUCCCCCCCCCCCCUCUCUCUCUUUCUCUUGAUGUCUCGUCAUGGACAUGAUGAAACAGGAGACUUGUGCCGCUCGUAACGAGAGGAAGUGCACGUUUACUUGUGUGAUAAAAGUAGCCUAUGAAAGGCAGACAAUAGGAGAUAGACUGUGAAAUUGUUGUAACAAUAUUUUAUAACGUUCGGAGCUGUGGUGUUUUUUUUUUUUUUUUUUUUCGUAGGCCUCAUGCUCUGCUGACACUUCAAGGAAUUGUUCAUUCAUUAACAUUACAAUAAUUACAAUUUUUACAGUCCUACCAUGAGUUUUAUCUUUUUUUUUUUAUGAAUGCAACAAGUCACAGUAUAUUCAUUAUUUUAAGUGGAAUUUUUGGUGUUUUAAGACAUUAGCCUUUUCUUUUACAGUGAUAAAAAAUGGCUUGUCGUUUUAACACGUGUUAUUUAUUGUGAACUUAUAGAAAGUAAAAAAAAAAAGAAAACAUUUUUGUAUUUAGGCACAAUUUAUGUUUGUUUUUUUUUAAAUUUGGUUUCAGAAAUACUCAACACAAAAUUUUAUAAAUGAAGACUUUUGACUUGUGCCAUUUGAUCUGUACAUUUUUUCCCCUUUCAUUUUAAUAACUUCAUAACCAAAUAUAAAUAUGUGAACUGAAACACUAUAAAAAAAACAAUAAAACCUAAUGGUGUUUUUUUGUACUUAAUAUUGAAAAACUAUUGCCUAUUUUGAGAUAACAAUAAAUAUGUAUGUUUACAUACGUAGUUGUGUAAGAAUUUUCAGCAAAAGUAUUGUAUGUUUUUAUCUGUGAUUCAGUCAUUGUUUGGUUAUGUUGAUAUUGAAAUAAUGUACAGAAUGAGCAUAGUCAUUCAUUUUUGAACCAGACUCUCAUUGAGAACAAUGUACAGAAAUGUAAGCAUAAACUUUUUUACUCUUUGUAACAAAUUCAGUUCCAUUGUAUGAUUCUACAAAAUCUUUAUUUUGGUGAACCUAAAAAUUUGUUCAUGCUAUAAGAAAUUUUUGUUGUUUACUCAAUACAUUCCAUUGCAUUUUCUUCUCAUAAAUGACAAAAGUAUAAUUUGAUUAGAGCAUAUGACAAUAUUAACUUAACAACCAGAAAAUAAAUUUUAUGUAGUGAAGUGCACUGAGUGCUUUCGCAUUUAGAUGGAGAUCAAAAGUAUUAGCAGUGACUGGACUUGUUGCAUAAUCUAUCUUUAUGAAAGAAACAAUACUUACACCUGAAUGCUUUUUUAUUCUUAGGGCUGCAUCUUUUCAUUGCCAAGUUAAUGCAAAAUUGGAUAACGUAAUUUUCCAGUGAUUAAUUUAUAAUGCCAGCUUUUUUUUUCCUCCUAGUUUAAUGAAGUAAACAAAAAGUCAAUAUCCGUCAGAUCUUUUACAAUUUUUUUUAUUUGUUAUAAUUAAGUUCUGUGAUACAUAACAUGACUGUGUUUUUAAUUCAGUAUAUUUGAAAUGAAUGCUUUAACUUGUUGUGCAGUGACAAAAUUUGACCAUUAUCUUGCAAUGCUAUUUUUGAACUGUGUUCCUUGUACAUUUCUGCAUCAUGAAAAGGAGUACACACCUCACAAUAUUCUGAAAAACUUUUCUCGUAUUUGCUAUUUGCAUUACACGUCAGCCUUAUUAACAGUUGGAUAAUAUUGUCUUGUUUUUAAUAAGUUGUCGCUAUCAUAUUGAAUUUCUGGUGUUCAACAUCUUUUUACACUUGUAUCUUCAAAGCUAGUUCUACAUAAAAUGAAUGUGAAUUGCAUUAAAUUGAUUGUAUGUACUCAAUUUAUUUUCACAAUAUAAUACAAUAAGCUUGGCUAAUGAAUAUUACAGUUAAAAUUGUAUUCAAAUUCAUAAUAUCAGGUUUUAGUCAAAUAAAACAUAAACGUUUGGGAAUAAUGACUUUUUCCAAGAAAGGAUGAGAUAGUCACUAUACUGUCUCAACAACUACCAAAUGCAUGUUGCUAACUUUGUGAGUACAUGAGAAGUGCAUUGCUUGCAGUUUUAACUCUUAAAAAGGCUGACCAAUGUAAGUGCACAUAUCAUAACUUUUGCUCUUUGUGCUGAAAGUAUAUUUUUUAAUUCAAAUAAACUAGGGGGCAGUUAGUGUCCACAGAAAAAAUGAUUGUACGGUAUUCUGUUGUGUUCUCGUUCUGCUCUGUAUUUAUAGUCUGUUGGAGUAUGUAUGUAUCGAGUACAUCUCAUUUCUCCACAUCUUCUAGUCUUUUUUUUAUUUUAUAUAAUGUUUUAGACUCGUUUAAAAUGUGUUGCGCAGAAAUGUGAAUGUGGAGCCCUGUUUGGGGAGUUGCUCUGUCGUUGCGCGCCCUGUAACUCGUAGUUCGUAGUUUGUUUUUGUUCUGUGUGAAGGGUGUUUUACUGCCCUUGAAAUGAUUAAAAGAAACGCUUGAUAGAAUACUACAUGUUUUUAUAAGCCUCUGCAGGGAAGAGUAGCAAGUCUUUUACUUUAUUGAUGCGACAUGCUGAUUUGUUCAUAUAAUGUAGGCUGGUUUAAUAUUCACAAAGCUUUAAUCAUUUCCAACCUUAUUUUAAUACAUAUCAGUAUUUUCAUAAUCAUUGCUGUUAAUAUGUGGACUUUUUUUAUCUGCUCACUUUUGCUGACUGAUCAUUGAAACAGUUUUCUGCAAAAAGGGAAACUUGUUGUUUUAUAGUACUUAACAGUCAUUAGUUUCAUAUUUUCAACACUAUAGUCCUUGCCAUGCUGUCCCUAAAUUUUUUUUAACCAUCCUCAAUGUGUGUAUAUUUUCAUUGCAGUACAUUUGAGUUUUUCCAAUGUAAUUUUAUGCCUGCAGAGAUUUAUGUGAUAUAUGUACAUAAUUAUGUUUUUAAUUUUUAAAUUAUGAUAAAUGUCAGUAAAUGAUAGAUUUUAUAUUCUUGUUACCAAUAAAAAAUUUUGGGAUGAAGUUUUAUCUUUUUUCUGUUCAGUUAUUUUAACUUCUUGCAAUUUUAUUUUUUUUUACUAGACGUCUGCAUGGUAAUGUUAUAAGUUUCCCUCACAUCAUCAAUGUAUGAUCAAACAAAUUAUAACUAACUGCUUUGCAUAAUGGAUAAUUUAUAAAAUAUUCUGCGUGUGAAUUGAACUUUUCUUUUAAGUAAUAUAGGUAGAUUUAUUGUAGAUUUUUUUUUUUUUUUUUUACAUCACUGUUGCCGACCAUGUUGAACUGUGAAAUUGCUACAAAAAUGAACAUGCUUUAUAAAUGGCACUAAUUUGUAUUUAAAAAAAUCUUUUAAAAGAUAUUGCACAAUACCUAAUCUGCUGUCUUUGACAAAGAUCAAAGAUUAAGUUUAAGUAUAGUAUUUAUAUAAGAAAAAAUUAUUUUUCAGAGUUUUAUUUCAUAAUUGGUUGUAUAUUCUAUUGAUUUACAUUAAGAAAUAUAAUUGUAAAUUCAAUGCUGUGGUUAAUACGUGGAUUUGUAGGUUUGCUCAUUACUCAUUAAGUACUAUCCCAACCCCCAACAUGACUCAAUUUAUGAGCAUCUGUUCGGUUUCAAGUAAUUUAGAGCCCACUUUUAUCUUUGAGGUCCUAUCUUGAACAUCUGUACCUAACCAUGCAUCAUGAAACUACACUUUCUAUCAUCAUUAGCACACAUGGUCAUAUUCCAGAACAAGAUGAUUUUGGUAACUUUGAUUGAUGACAAUUUCAAAGCAUAAUGCAGCCAACACUCAUGUUUACUCCAAUAAUCAGUGUUACAAUGGCUUAUUAGUGGAGAAAAGAUUUUUAUUUUUAGGUCAGUUUUGUUUUUAAAACAAAUAGAUUUUGGUGUUCCUGUUUUAAUUUUUUUAUGAAAUCUUGUUAAUUCAUAAAGUUAGCACAAUUUUCAACAAUACGACACUUACUUGUUCAAUAAUACUUACUUCACCACAACAGUGUAAUUUUGACUGAGACAUGCACUUUAACAAUAUAAUAAUUUGUAAUAAGCAUGUAUAACUACCGGAAAACAAUAUAAAUCAAUCAGCAAGAAUAUGUGCUUAUGAAAAAUGUAGCAAUAGUGUAAUGUAAAAAUGAGUUACUAAUAACAGUUGCAAUAUCAAAAAAAAGGCAAAAAAAUUGCCAGUCUGUUUAGUGCAAACAUUUUGGUACUAACUCCAUGCUCAAUAAUUUACACUCAUUGAAUUUAAUAUUGUAAACAAUUAAUUUUUUUUUAGUCUCAGUUGAGUUUUGAUUAAAUAUGAUUGAUUAUUUAUUUCAUAAUUUUUUGGUUGCAUUUCGCUGCUUCAUGGUGAAUUAACUUGCAUUGCGGUGUUAUAUGGUGUAGGGAAUGCUUUUCAAUAUUAUUUUGGCUUUAUUGCAAUUCACCAUAUAAUCUUGUCCCUUAUUAUUUGUGCUUGACUUUUUUGUGAAUUAUUUUAAUUUAUAAAGGUAUAUCUGGCAGAAAUGAAUCAUGUCAAGUGAAUAUACUUUUGUUCGUUUAUUGUUGUUUGCAAGAUAUACGUAGUCUUGAAAGAAAAUUUGUUGCAUGUGUUUUUAAUUGGGGGUUAGUGUCAGAUUUACAUCCUAGACCUUGAAACUUAACCUACUUUUAAACUUCUUGAUGGUGAUUUAUCAUAGUCAAGUAGACGUGUUUUGAUGGUAAACACUUUGUCCAUGAAGUUAUUACACCUCUGAUUUUGAAGGUUUGCUGGUUCUGUAUGUCACUAAGCAUGAUUUAUUGUUUCAAAACAUUAAAAACAGUGGCAUGUCAGUUAUGAGUAGGAACCUGAAAAAAUCGUGUUUUGAAUUAAGAACGCGAUUUUGUAAUUUGUUUUCAGUCUUUUUCACCACUUUAUACACAAAUAAACUAAUGUUACGUUUCCCACUGUGUGUUUUGUACCUUUUCUCUUCAACGCACCAAGAACCAUCACCCUAUCGUCACAUGCCCAGCCGAGGUAAAACCACACGCACAGUACUUAAGCCAGUUAUGACCGCUGUUGUUUUUCGUAAGGGCCUUUGAAAUGUCUGUGGAGGGCUGGAGGAGCUUAGUUGAAAAACUACACGCUCUGCCUCUAAACUGCGUUGCUUAUGCCUGUUUUGACCUAUUAUUAUUAUUAUUAUUAUUAUUAUUAUUAUUAUUAUUAUUAUUAUUAUUAUUAUUAUAUACUGUGGAAUGUCUCCACGGGUGACAGAUGACAUGGGAUAACACUUCAAAAUUUCUGGGAAAUGGGAAGGGGGAUAAAGUGCUAAUGGAGCUGUCCCAGGAUCCUUCACCCUCUCGCUUUCUCUCCACAACAAUCUUUGUUCUGUUGUGAAGGCCACCCCCUCAUCCCCCCUCAUUCGCCCACACAUGCCAUUUCCCCCCCCCCCCUCCCCCCGCCAUGCCGGCUUUUGUGCUGUUUAUGCGUUUGCAUUCUAAGCGUCUUUAAUGCUGCAGUGACCAUACUUUUUUUUAUUACUGCCUGCUUGCAAAUUUAACAUACGCUAUGUAAAGAACACCACCAUUAUAAAUAUUUCCAGUCUUUAAUGUUAAUUGAUUGACAUAAAAAAUGCCAAAAAAUGUGGUUAGUGCAAGGCAACAAGCUGAUGAGUUUAAAAAUGACUUUGUUUAUGCAUUGAUGCCGCUACACUAAUGUAUAAAUACUGCAACUGCAGAGAUGUUUAAAAGGAAUCAUAUCAAAAUUCCAUUGCGAAGCAUGUAAAAAGUGAAUGCCAGGCAAAACUAGUCUUAGUGGUAAUGAUGUUGGACAAUGACCCUUCUCCACCAGUAUUCAGGACUUUUAAGUGUUUCAACCCAAAGAACAUCAUCCUUAACAAGUCAGAAGAUGUUAUUUCACUAACGAAAACUAUUCCCGAACUCCAUCAUUUUGAGAUUUUAUAGGAUUACGAAGCCCUUAAAGAAGAUGUGCAAGAGAUUUGCAUCAGAGAAGAACGUAGAUAUAUUGAAAGUGCUGACUUUUAUGAGUAUGAAUUAUAAUCAAUUAGUACUAGCAGUUUUGCAUGCUGUUUGUAGAUCUUUAAACAAUGUUGACAGCGAACGGUAACUUAGUCACUACAACUUAGUUUUCACAGACAGAAUGCAGAACCUUAAAGAAAUAAAUGUUGGAAGUGUUCAUUAUGCUGUCUUUUGAUGACUAAAUUCAACACUUACAGUUAGAAAUUUUAUGCACAUUUUGUUUUAAAUUAAAUGCCAUUGCUUUUUGUUGCAAAUUGUGUGAAAAAUAACACUACCUUUGGGAAUAAAUAGCCUUUUUUUCAGGUCUCUAGUUAUGGGUCUUUAAACUUGAAGUGAUUGGUUGUUUGAAGCACAUAUGUGCUUGCAGAAGAAGUGUUAUCAAUUUUAAUUCCUCAAUCUUCCCAGGAAUUAAUUAAAGUAUAUCAGUUAUAGCUUUAAAGCACCUUUUUUUUUAGACAUUUGGAAGUUUUAUGUACAUGUUACAGUUCUUUUGGCAACAGUCCUAAUUUUUUCCAUUAAGUUCAAGUGGAUAGUUACCUUUCAAACUUAAAGUGGGUGUGGAAAAAACACACUAGCAAUAUACACUGUGGUUUUACUAUAGUAAAAAUGUAUUUAAGGGGGGUGACUCAUUUCCUUCUGAAAUAAAAUUUUUUAAAACUCUUGAUGGUCCCACAUUAAACCAAUACAAACAAAAACUCUAUUGUGACAAUUGUGUAUGCUUAUAGGUUUAAAAUGUUAUACGAAUAACAAAAAAAGAUAAGUAUGCGAAUAAUGAACUUAAUCUUUAAGUUUUGAAGUAACCUUCAAAAAUUGAUGAUGUCAUUUAGAGUGGGCAGGUAAUUUGAUUAAUAAUAUUUUUUGAGAAGUAAAUAGCUUCUCUAAAAGAUGGGUGCUUUCCAUCUGAAUGAAUCCUCAAUAUGCUACUGAACUAAUUCAUUAGCUUUACAGCAAGGUCAUUUGGCUCAGAUUGACCCAAGACACACGUGGUGUAUUGUCAUGAGUUCAUUAUCUUAACUGAGCUUUUAACAGCACAACUCUGGUUGAAAAGUUUUUUCAAUUAUUGAAGAAUAAAUUGGGCUGUUUUGGCUAAAAGUUCUAGACAGUUUUAAGAAUGAAGUGGUGGUGACAGAAACUACUUGUUUUUAUGAAAACAAAAUUGAAAUUUUUUUUUGUAUGUAUUUCAAAACCAACAGGACUCCCACAGACAGAGAAAGAAAAACUUAAAAUUUGUAAAAUGUGUGUUAUAAACUCGGAAAAUUCAAGGAAAUGUUAAUAUCUUAAUAACAAAACAGUAAUUUUUUUUACUAUGUAGUAUCUUACUGUAUAAGAUCUGGUAUGUUUCUUUAACAUAAAUUUGUGCGCCAUUAAUCAUCUGUAUCUGACUUUUACUAACAUUUACCAUGAAGUAUACAAACAACUUUAUUGAUUUGAAGCACAAUAAAAAAAUUUUUAUUCUGAUCACAGGUAUCAUUUAAAAGUUCAAUAAAAGAGUUUUUUAUUUUUUUUAUUUUUUUUCCUGCUGACAGUGUUAGUUUAGUAGGUUUUAUGGAAGUUACAUCAUCGCAAAAUAUUAUUCUUUAGGAAAACAUUUUAAAGUCAAUUACGUGUGUAAUUUAUGUUAUUUGAAAUGUGUUUUUAAUCAAAUGUAUAUUUUAAUGUAUCUGUUAUCUGGCCAAAUAGCCCGCUCAAUCAGGUACAAAGCAUUACGUGGGACUAAAGAAACAGAAAACUCAGGAAAAUUAACUGAAGUAAGAAUGUGCAAUAGUGCAAAAAAUUUUAAGGGUGUUCAGAAUGUUUUGGGAAUUAUUAAAAACUACCUCCAGUAGCCCCAGAACAGGCAGGCCUCAGUAUUGUUCAGUGGCAAUUUGUUUGAAAGUUACAGGACUUGGUUUGGGUAUUGGGAUGGCUUUCUCUGUAAUAAACCCCGGCUCUUACAUCAGUCUGUGAAGCAACAUUGUAACGUGUGUUUCUAGGGCGAUGAAAGUCCCUUGGAAUAACUCCCGUUAAGGAAUGCAUAAGGGUACUUGACCCAUAAUAGAAGUAUCCUUUGUGUGAGAAAGCAACAUUUUUAAUAUAAAAAUAACAAAAGAUUUGGGCAGUUUUCUGCAGUGUUCAUAAAUUGUUUAGGUUAGACAUCAACUUGUAACUGUCAAAUGUUUUUUUUUCAAAUAAGGAUCCCUAUCUGGAAGUUUUUAUAAUAAUUAAUUUUGUACCUCUGUAGAUUUUUGCGAGUGGGAAAUGUGGCGGACGUUGCCAUGAGUCUGUGCGUUUUCUCUGGGUUUUAUCGUCAUUGCUCCAUUCUCAUGAAUAAUUUUAUAUUCAGUUCAACAUUUCAAAUUUUUUUCCCAAUGGAUAUGCCUAAACCGUGUGGGACUUAUUCACAAAAAAAAAAUUAUUUCAAAAAAAUGUUACGCGUAUAAGGCUAAGAUGAUUUAUUGAGAAAUUUAGAUUUGUUUUCUGCAACAUUAUUUACUUACUGUUUUUAUACUUAAGAAAUCAAUAAAUGACUGUGGUUUUAAACUUACUAGUUUAAAACUCUAUUUCCUGCAUAUGUUCAGAUCAACAAAACAACUUUCAAACUUAAAAUUUACUGUUCGAAUAAAAUUCAUUGCCAGGUUUUUUUAUUUUUUUUAUUUUACUGUAUUUUGAAUUAAUUUUUCUUGGACUCCUGUGAAGUGUGAAAAAUAAAUUCACAGAAUUUUAAAAUUAGAUUCGAAAAAUAUUUGAUAUUCAUAAACAUUGUAUUCUAUUUGAACUAAAAAAAAAAAUAUAUUCACAGAAGCCUAACCUAUUAAGCCUUAAUUAAUUUGUUAUCUAAAACUUUGUCAUAUAAAUGACUAUUUAUGUAUUAAUACAAUUACAGUGAAAGGUCUUAAAACUUGCAUGUUCGGAACCACGGCCAUGCCGAAUUGCGAUUUUGUUGAAUCAUUGAAUGCCAGAGCCUAUGCCUCCGUAAUAUUAAAAAGUCCUUGAUUUGUCAUUAAUUGAAUAAGGGCCAUUAAAAGUCCUUAGUUUUCAGUAAUAUUUAUUAAAAAUUCCUUAAUAAAGAACGAUAGUGCAUAAGUAAUUAAUAAUUUCAGAUAUUUGAAAGAUUUUGUUUCUGAGAUAGCAGCAAAUAUCACUUCAUGCAUGCGCAGCACAAUUGGCGAAUUGCAGGCCACAUGACUUUGUUUUAUGUAUGAAAAACAUUUUAAUUUGGUUUUCAUAUAUUGUGUCUCAUAUUUAAACAAAAAGUAAUGUUUUGCUGUCUUAAUUUUAACUCAUAAAGUAAAUGUAAUUAGAGGUAAAAUUAAAUUUUUGGGCUAGACACAAUGCUUGGGUUAGGUAUGUGUUCCAAGAGAUAAUUCUGGAAAAUAGGGGCUUAUUAGUAAGAAUUGAAUAACCAACGAAAUAUUUUUUUCUUCAUUAACUAUUUAACAUUGUUAUUUUCUUGAGGUAUUUUGUGAUAUUGCAAAUAGUUUUCCACCUCUUGAUAGUGAUGGAGGUGAUGAAGUUUAGUGGUCCUUAAACACUCCUUAAUUUUUGAUUGCACAAGGGGGUACGAACCAUGAAUGGUGUUAUGGUGUGUCUAUAAUUAUAAUUGAUUUUUCUUUAAAAAAAAAUAAUUAAAAAUUAUGGAAAUGUAACCCAUUAGAAAAGUAGAAACUCUGCACUGAAAGUAAUGGUAAACUCUGACUGAACUGAAAAUGCUGACAGCACAUUAGCCAAGGUCAUCAGCCAAAAUCCACUCAAAAAUUCUGAACGUGAGCAGCUCAAUGGGAUUACAGAACUGACCAAAACACAGAAUGCCGGGUUAGAGACAUUUUGCUGUGCAUGGAAACGAGAGAGGGAAGUUAUAUGAUAACUUCUCCCUAAGGAAAUUUAAUUUGAAUGCAUCUUGAGAUAUUGUAUGUGCAUAAAAAGGAACUGCUUACAGUCAUUGGAUUUGUAUAUGAAUUCAAUAUACGGAGUCAAGUGGUUUGUAGCCACAAUUAACUGUGCUGCCCAUAGUGCUAAAAAUGUUUAUUGGUUAGUGCAAUGAGACACAUCAAAUUAACCUGCUGUUUCGUGGUCUAUUGAAACAUUUUGGACACAAUGGAAAGCUCAGUAUUAGACGUGAAUCCACACGAACACAGAAAACCAAACUUGGUUAUGAUCAUAAAAAAAAACAGUUUUCUGCAGAAAGAAUCAAUACAGAAGCACAAAUAGAUAAAGCACGAGAAAUGUUCAUGCAAAUACCAAAGACAGCAAUGACAAAUGCAUGUGUUGACUUCCAAAUUAGUGGUUUUUCCUCAGACACCUACCGUAACCCCCCCCCCCCCCCCCCCCCCACUUCAAAAUUUUUAGAAUACUGUUUAUGUUUGUGUCACAUAACAUAGGUUCUUGUAGAACUGUAACGCAAAAUGAUAAUUAUUAUUUUUUGAACUCCAUAACUUUAUUUUUUAAUACCUAAAUAAUAACAGCACAAUGUUCUUAUAAAUUGUAAAAGACUUCAUUGACAUUGAAUAAAUGGGGUUUGUAGCUGAACAUUUGAUGUACUUGAGUAAUUAAGAGAGCUUUACAUUGGUGAGUCAGAACCCAUUUUCUGGUUGCCAAUGGAACCACUACUGAAGUUUUAAAUAAAGAAGACACCAUAUUCCCCCCCCCCCCCCUCCUCUUGUGAUUCUAUAGGCAUUCAAGAAUUCUUCUUGAAUAUUUAUUUCUAUUCUUUCACCUUCAGUGUUUCAUAGCAUAGACAUUUAUUUAAUAAAACUAACACUGACUGACAGACAGACAACACAGCUUAAACUUGUGGACCUAGAGAUUUGAAAUUUGGAAGAAAUAUUCUUUGAGUACCGUAGGGUUGCAGUAAGGAGGGAUUUUUUUUUGAAAUUCCAGUCCUGAAAGGGUUAAAAGGAGGUAAUGUUUGUAUGAAGCAAAAUACCGCUCAAUGACUUAUCCAUCACAAAUUCUCAGGAACUAUAAAGAAACUAUAAUACCUACAGAUUUUAAAUUUGGCACAUGUAUUCCCUUUGCUGAGUAGGCAUCUGCUUAGAAAGGAUUUGUAAAUUAUAAUUAGUUUGUACUUCAAAAAAAUCUUGUCAGCUGGCCUUAGUCAGUUUGCAUUACUGGAUUGCUGUCUGUUUUUUUUUCCUACCCUAUAAAAUGGUUUCAUACCGAAUUCUACCAACGUACUUAAACUAUCAUUUCUAUUAUCCAAACCAAUGAUUCCAAAUUCAGGGUCAUAAUCCAAAUAAAGGUCGUUGUAUUAGUCCUUAAGGCUGCGACUUGGUUGCGGAGGAUCGCAAUAAAAAUACAAAUUGGAAAAAAAAAUUCUGUGAUCUGCGAAAAUUAAGUGCAAGUAUUAAGAUGAUAGUGAUUGAAUUCAUAAAAGUGGCAGCCUGAUUGUGACACAGGUGUAUACUCACACUUAAGUACAAAUCUAUUUGUGAACAUUGGAACUCAUUUUACAGGCGAGAAACAACACAUUAUAAUUUCGUAAUGUGAUGUAUGGUUUUAUGUGCUUUUAACAAAAUGAUCUAGUUUUUGUUUUGUAAGAGUGACGAUUCCUACGGAGAGUUUUACUGUACAAAUAUUUUAUAUUUCCUGUUUUGCUUCACAUUAUGGACUAAUUUGUGGGAAGCUUGACAAGUGCUCAUAUUCAACAAAUUUUUUUUUUACUAAUUGUAUUUUAGUUACUCUCUAGAAGUUAUUUUUCUGUUUUUCACAGCUGAGCAAUACAUAUAAUAAAACUUUAGUCACAGUUUCAAAAAUACUUCAUCAUAAAAAUCUUAAAUGAGCAUAAUCUUGCUACCGCAAUGGGGGUUGAAGUGUCCGUCGAAUCCUAGGGCGCCACCACAUGUAUAAUGGGCACGUGGACCCGGCUACUCUGUUCUCAGGGCCGUGACGUAGCCCGUGUGUGGCGAGGCCCGUUUCCCCCUGUAUCACUCGAAACCUCAGAGAAUGACGACAGGUGCAUGAAGCGCCUUCCUCUCGCAGCGCUCACGACUCACUGACCGUUCGUCCUCGCUCGGCAACUCUCGGGAGCGGAGCACUGACGUCACAUUGGCGGGCGCGGGCUGACACACGCACGCGCACACACACUUCGGCAGGCGGUCGUAGAGGGUGGUGGUGGUGGAAGGAGGGGGCUCGCAGCGUGCACGGGGAGAGGUGGUGGCACAUCGGGCUCAGAAGGGCGCAGCCCGGGACGAAGUCAAUCUAAACAUCAAAGAUAACUAGAGAAGCAGACUCUUAAUGUGAUGUGAAGGCAACUUGCAACCAUGCCACAGCAGUGAUGUCUGGCAAGAGAAUGUUGUGGUAGCAUUGCCCUGGUGACAUUCUUUUAUCCAUUUCUUUCAGGAGUAGCUUCUCGACACCUCGUAAUCAAACAGGGUGUCUAAAGGCCACACAAAGUCACAAUAAAAGUAACAAAAAUCAAGGUCUGUUCACGAAAGUCAUGAAAAGAUCCUGAAAUAAAAAGUAACUAUUCUGAAAAUCAGGAAACUUUUAACUUUUGCUAAAUUGAGUUUUGCUUUUCGACAUGUCUAGUAAGUUUAAAGUCACACAUUAUAAAUAUUUGGAGACCGUCCACUUCUAUCAUGUGGAAAUUAUCACUGUAAAGGUUUUUAGCUUUUUAACACAAAAAUCUGCACAUUCCUGUGAAUAGUUGAUCUGUUUUGGAUUACAUUUGCAGUUUAUAUUUUUGCUUAUGUAUAAAAAAAACUGUGAUAAAAAAAUUUGUAAGAAAAUUUUAGUAGUUCCUGAAAAAGUUCAGAAAUAUGUUUGCAGUAUUUUUAGACAUCCUGUAAAAGCUUUUAUCAUGCCAUCAGGUUAUUACCGGUGCAUUAACUGUCGAUACCUGUGCACCCUUCAUAUUAAAAUAUUUAUUAUAAUAGUUACAAAGAUUAACCUUGAUCAUAUACAGUGUUCAAUAGUUUGGCCAGCACAAAUCUCAUUGAAAUGUUAAUCACUCCAUGUCUGUGUAUUGAUGAAAUUAUAAUACAUAAUUUUAUGCUUCACAAAGAAAGUACUAACUAUGUAUAUGUGUGUGUGUGUAUAUAUAUAAAUUUUUUGUACCACAAAAUUUGUAGCUGCCAAAAAAUUUCACAGUUUAAGUGUAACGUUGAAAGGGAAAAAAAAUGUAAUUGAAUAUUCAUAGACAUAUUUGAAACAACAUGUGCUAGCAGCAGCAUAUUCUUUUCAAGAUAACGGUGAGACUUUUUGACGAGUGUUGCAUGGAAUGUUCAGACUUAAACGGAUGUGUAUUGUGACAUAAUAAACUAAAUAAACCCAGAAUCAUGUAGCCCAAUACUAUCAUUUAUCGAUAAAAAUUUUGUAAGAAUAUCUAGCUUUUAAAAGUUUGAAUGUUCUUUGCAGCCCCUGUCAAAAAAGGUGAACCUCAUAUUGAACAAAGUGUAUGUUUAGCCUACUGACUUGUUACGUAGGUAAGUAGCAUCGGCAGAGCAACCAUUAUUAUCGGUACGGGGGUGUGGUGUUUUCAUGACUUGUUACUGUGCAAUAGCUGACUACUACUUCUAAAUUAUUUCUCUUUAGUUCUGUGUACUAUUCAUGUUAACUUUAUGUUACAUAUAUUGACAAGUAAAAUGAUUGUAUAGUCUGUGUAAAAAUAUUUCCAGUUUUUGCUGUAGCAAUUAUGCUCCUGAAAAUUUUAAUUGUGGUUUUUUUUGUUCAUAACUAGCCACGAUACUAACAGUUAAUUGAAAUUAUAACAGAUUGUUUUUUUCCCUGUGACUCUUUAUGCCAGACUCUGUCUCGUAAAAGCUUUAAACUCGUGAAAAAUUAGUAUUGAGACAGUUUUAGAAUUUAUAUGGCAGUCUACUAAGUGUUGUCCUAUAUAAUUAAAUGUUCAUCUAGUGCCUGUUGAUAAUGUCCUGAAUUCUUUCUUACCAUGAUUUUAGUUUUAAUUGGAAUACUUUUUUUUCUGACAUUUUGGUGUUCUAGUUUCAUGUAAAAAUUGAUGUUUGCUGUAUACAGGAAAGUGCUGUCCCCUGUUAUGGAGUGUUAGAAAUGUUCAGCAUAGUUAAAGAGAAGUGACAUUUACUACUUACUUGCUUUCUGAAAAUCCUUGUAUGGGUAAUUAAUAAAUGAAAUUAAUGUAGUAAGUGGGAAUAAGUUAUUAAGAAUACAAUGGUGCUAUUAAAACUUGUUGGUUUUCUGUGAAAACAUUGUAAAUUACGUACAUACAUGUUGAAUGAUUAAAAAAAAAUUUUCCAGUGGUUUUUUCUCUGUAUGUACACAGUAUUGCGAAAUACUAGUUUUUAACUUAUCAGUACAUUUAUGUUUUAUUAAUAGAGUUUCAUUUAUGUACUAUGUAUUUUUUUGCAUAAUUGAUUUGUGAUUUUAAUGAGGUUUUUUUUAAUUACUAUUCUGAUGGCCUGUUAGCAUGCAGAUUUUUUUUUGUAUUCAGGGUAGGUUAAUAGUAAUUCAUAGUUAACAUUUCUAAAAAAAAAAUUACUAUAAUUGGCUUGUUAGUAGUUGCAUCCAGCAAGCCCUAAUUGCACUCCCUAGUGAGUACAUAUUAACAUAUCUAAUACUUAUUUUGUCAGUACAUCAAGAUAUAUUUUUAAUAACACAAGAACGUUAAAACACAGAAUUUUUUUUUCUCUUUAUAAUGAAAUAUCAGGCUGAAACAUUGAAGUUGAAGCUUUUGAUGUGCAUUGCUCAUUGAUAAAAAUUUAAACCAAUGCCUUUAUUAUGUUAAGUCUAUUUAACGCGGGCAACUACAACUAUCAUGAUAAUCACACCAGCUCACAAUUGUUGAGUUCAACAAGUAGCCAAAGCUAAGUCGUAUGCCAUGUCAAAUCAAUAAAUUAGCACGGAAGCUUUAUUCUAAAUGGCAUCAAAAUAUUUGAAAUUGCAAUAUGGCCAGACCUGAUCCCCCUUAACUGAAUGUUGAAGACUGCAAGUAUCGUAAAAUCCCAAUUUUUUCCACUCAAGUCAAGAGUGUAGUAAAAGGUCUUAAAGUGCAAGGCUGUGGACUGGCACACAGUCUUCUCUAUGUGCACAGGGUAACUGAAAUAGCAUUUUAUGGUGGAGAAAAACAGAUAAAAGGUGCAUUGCUAAUUCCUUUAGUGCUUUCAAGAAUCUCUACUGGGAGCUUCAUGCAUGAAAAUUAUUCUUAAACUAAACAUAUUUCAGCCAUUUUCACGCUUAAAAAUGAAAUACAAAAACAGAACUACUCAUCUGCCCUGAGCGUAUCCUUAAAUGCUUUUAAUAAACAUGCACCACUGUGUGGUAUUUGUAAUUUCUUUAGUACCCAACACUCAUGUCCUGGUUUGUGGGAAAUCAGCCGUGUGAAACUCAUGAAUAAUGUGUGUAUUUAUAUGUAAACUAGGAUUUUAUUUUUUCCUGUGCAGCUUUUUUGUGAGCACAUAAAUUUUACGAGUAUCGGUGUGAAGUUGAAACUUUCCCUCCGGCAUCACCAAAAAUUGCUAUACCACCAUUAUGUGCCAAAGCACACAUAGUAAGUUUAUAAAUUUUGUGAGUAUGCUCAAAUGAGUAUAAAAAUAUGUAUUUAACAAGAUAACCAGUUGGUGACAGCUGUUGCAACAAGAAAGUGUGCACUUAUUCCCUUCCUUCGUUUUGUGCAUUCAAAAUGUCUGCCUGGAUUGUUGAACAUAGAAUUAACUGGUAAAGUUAUUCAACUCAUUCUAAAAUAUAUAUUUAUAGGUAAAUAAGAUCACCCGUGUCUAAUUUCCUUGAGUUGUUUGGCUGUUUUCACUACAUUGAAUAUUACUAUGUAUAAGUGUUAGUAUGCACUGUUAACUACAUGUUUGUAUGAAAUUCUUAUUCCGGCUGUCAGUCGCAGUUUUCCUGGUAAAUGAAUUGAUGCUGGACUGUUUGAGGCAAGAAAGUUUGUUAGUGUAAGGUUUAGGUGAUUCUUGAUAUUGUGGAUGUUAGAGUCAUCAAAAAAAAAUAUGUUAUCACAUAUUCAGAUUAAUACAGUAUUUCUACAUAAUAAAAUUUGGUGGUUUCACUUCUGCUAUCAUCAAACUAUCUGAGUGUCUUUAUGGGGAAAGAACCAGAUUUGAAUGCAAGUAAGAAAUAACUGCAUAAUUAAUUAAUAUAUUUUGACCACUUUUCUUUUAAUUGUGCAAUGUCUGUUCUAAGUAUUGUGCUCCUUCCCACUGUUUUUUUUUCAUAAAUAACAAUGCAAUGGCCUUGAUUUGACUAAAGUAAAAUUUAAAUAAUUUUUUACAAAACUACUAUAUUUUAUCAAGAAUUUAUUACCAAAUAACAACUUAUCUCUCUAUAAAAAGUUCGUGAAAGUUUUAUAUUUAAUAAAUGUUAUUACUAGGAGAUACAGUUUCAAGAAAAAAUAUUUUUGGUAUAGUACUUGCUAUUUCAGAAUUUUUUUUUUUCUUUUUCAUAACUUAAUUAUAUUGUUGGAAAGACAGGUCAAUAAUUUCAUCUUCCCAGUCUUCUGUUAAAAUAAAACAUUCUGAUAGUAGGCUUCAACCAGUAUCAGCCUGAAGGAAAGUAGCUGAUUAUUCUCGGGAGCAACUACCUACAAGUGUCGUAAUAGAUAUGCUUGUUUACGAACUGUGACUUCAGCUGCUACCCAAAGCAGGGUCCACUGCUCUAUCUCUGUAGAAUGCAAUUGAAAAUGUAUACUUCUGCAAGCCGUGGUGUCUGGUAUUUGAAUGAUUCAAGAUGACGUUGGCAGGAAACUCUGUUAUAGUGGUUUUCUUUUUACCUUCAUUUAUGAUUUGGCCAUUUAAAAAUGAUUUACCUCUUAUCAGCAUUCAUGCUUUGUAUUCUAUUCAUUUAUUUUUUUUGCAGUGAGUCUAUAUAGCCUAAGGCUACUCAAAAGACGGUAGUGUAUGAGUUCUUACACAUUCGUUGUAUGUACAUCAGUUGUGAAUUACUUAAUCAACAAAUUCAAGGUUUGAUUUCAGAACUUAAAUUUUGAGUUUGGUGUAAACAUCAACUACUUCCACUAUAGUACUGUUACGUAAAAUAAAUUAGUAACCUCUGAGCACUUAUUUCUUGUUAUAUAAGUGAAAAGCUUAAAAGAAACAGAUUCCUUUGGCUGCAAGUUACUUGUUUCCCAAUAAACUAUUUUUUAAUAUGAUCUUUGACUCUGAGAAUGUCUCCUGAUGCCAUUAAGAAUUGAUACCUAAGCAUGGUAAAUAAUUAGGAUAAUCUUAGGAAGAAUUUAUUUGAAAUUUUAAGUAGCUGUGAAUAUAACAUUGAUACGUGAAUAGCAGCUAGUCUCUUGACCUUGUCACUACGUCUGGUAAUCUAUGUACUAGCACAUGGAUUCCCAUGAUGUUUCAAGUAAAAUUGCUUGUGUGAAUGUCCCAGAUAAAACCACUCUUAACAGCUGUGAUUCUGUGGCUAGCUGAAAAUAGCUGAAGUGGAGUUGAAAACUUUUCAGUGGAGACCUUAUCAUUUGGAUCAUCAGGAAAUUAAAUGACCAUGUGCAUAAUUUUAGAACAUAAAACCGCUAGAGUAUUCUUAUUUUAUGUUCAGAGUUUAAUUUUAGUAUAAAUUGUCUCUCUUAAAUAUAUUUAUCCAGACCUUUUUAUUUUAUUUGUUAAUUCAUUCAUUUAAAUAAAUUUUAAGCUGUAUGCAAACUGGCCUUGCAGAAUGUAAUUGAAAUUAUUUUGUAAUUUCACAUUUUAAACUUUUUUUUACAUUAUGCACUAUGUGUGUGUGACUGCAAUGAUUUUUUUAACAAAUCGUAAAUACCCUUUGUAAACUCGUAGUCAACUGCAGGUUUGUAGUUGAAAGUUGUUACAAUAAUAAACUAUACUUAUACAUUUAGAAACUGAUCAAAACUUUUGUAUUGUUAUUGUUGAGUCUUGUGGUUUGCUGUGACGUUACGAGUGUGUGUGGUGUACACAUUCCUCUGUGUGAUCCUUGUAAUAGAUAUUUGAUACGUUCUUUUAUAUGCAUGCUGGCUGCCAAGCAAUGUGCAGGUCGAUUUACGUUGCAGACAACUGUACAGUGUAAAAUAAGCUGACAGCAUUCUUAAAUGCAGUUUUUUUUAAAAUCACAGUGAUAAAAAACUGUUGCUAGUGCUCAUUACUUGUUUGGUUUCAUCUAGCAUGAAAAAGAAUUUAUAUAUGUCCAUGUGUUUGUACAUACAGAAGUUUACGGGUCAUUCAAAACAUUGUGUGAUAUCACGAGUAUUGUAAAUAACUGAAUAUAAUAUUGUGUAGCACGUGAAGGUUUGUCCUUGUGCACAAGGGAAAAUUGUGCUAAAUUUGUAUUUGUGUAUAUAGCUGUCUUAAUGCUGGCAUGAAAGAAUAAACUUUCGACCAAUGA